AUGCGCUGCCAUUGGCCCUUCUUAAUCCUACUUUCCGCUCCCCAGCUGACCCGCGGCUGGGGAGACGUAGGCCACCGAACAGUCGCCUACCUAGCAGAACAAUACCUGGACGACGAGGGCUCCAAGCUAAUAAAAGACCUCCUCUUGAACAACGGAAGCGACAUCUCCGACGCAGCCGUCUGGCCCGAUACCAUCAAGUGGAAGCGACCUGAAACACGCCCCUGGCAUUUCAUCGACGCCAACCACCCCCCAAAGUCAUGCGGUGUUUCCUACGAAACCGACUGCGGCAACGGGGGCUGUAUUAUAUCUGCCCUGGAAGAAAUGACCCAUAAAGCCCUCGACCUGACCCUCGACAAAGUCAGUCAGGCCGAAUCGCUUAGAUUCAUCCUCCAUUUCCUCGGCGACAUCCACCAACCCCUACACGUCGAGGGCGCAUAUAAAGGUGGAAACGGUAUCCUUGUUCAUUUUGGCCGUCGCCGCUCGCACGAGAACCUGCAUAGUGUUUGGGACACCGACAUCCCGCAUAAGAUCAACGGUAUCGCGCAUAAUAUUAAGCAUAACGACGAGAGGGAGGCGGCUAAGCGCUGGGCUGGACGGCUUGCGCAGUCGGAUUUGUCGAGGUCGUUGCGUGGGGAGGAGUGUACAGAUGUUUCUAGGGCGGUGGAGUGUGCGAUGGUGUGGGCGAGGGAGACGAAUCGGUUGAAUUGUGAGUUUGUGUUGAAGAGGGGUGUUGAGUGGCUCGAGGAGAAUGAUCUGGGAGGUAACUAUUAUGAUGGCGCGGCGCCGAUUGUGGAGGCGCAGGUUUAUAGGGCUGGGGUAAGGUUGGCGGGGUGGUUGAAUGCGUUGGCGGCGGAGAGGGCAGCGAGGGGGGAUUUUGUGAGGGCGGAUUUGUAA